AUGGCACCAUGGCUCGAUCUUCCCAUUAUGCUACACUCCUCUCGGGACUACAUGUGUAUGCUCAAUACCACAGAGCAAUGUGCAUAUCAGCAGGGUUACUGGCGUUUUUGGUACGAAGCUGAUCACCGCUACGGAUUGCCAACUGUUGCCUUCUUUCUCACUGCCAUUAUCCUGUUCUACUUCGGACACUUCCUGUCAUCGACGUUGCCGACUGGUAGAGAAGACAAAAUCACCAUCUGGAGACGGAUCACGGCGAGCAUCAGAUUCCUAUCCUAUCGCGGGUACCGCUUGGGAAUUUUGGGAUGGAACUCACCUCCCUUGGGACUCCUCCUCCUGGGUGCUACCGGAGUCGUUUUCUUCUUCUGCAUGACCCUUGGUCCAAAGCCCUACUACUGGCCCAACACAAGAACCCUAACCUAUGGCAACUCGCCUCCCAUAGCGACUCGGUCCGGGUGGAUGGCAUUGGCUUGUAUGCCCUUUGUCUUUGCGACAGCGGCAAAGGCUAAUAUGAUCACACUCUUGACGGGUGUCUCACACGAGAAACUUCAGGUAUUCCACCGCUGGAUCUCGUACGCCAUGUACAUUCUAGCACUCAUACACACCUUCCCCUUCAUCGUCUUCAAUAUCUGGAAGCACGACAUGGUCGAACAGUGGAACACCAGCGUGUUCUACUGGACCGGCGUCGUAGCCCUGCUUGCUCAGAGCUGGCUUGUAUUCGGAUCCAUCAGUCCGCUUCGGAAACGGUGGUAUGAAGCAUUCAAAGUGACGCACUUCAUCGCAGGUUUAACUUUUGUCGUCUUCUUUUUCCUCCACUGCGACUACACACUUACCUCUUGGGACUACUUCAUCGCCACCGGAGUCUUGUACGUCGUCUGUGUUCUGUACUCACAGCUCCGCACCUUCGCCCGACAUGGGCUUGGUCAACGAGCAAACAUCUCACUGGCAACCAAUGGGCUGAUCCAAGUUUCGGUGCCGGUGUCUUUCGACUGGACUCCAGGUCAGCACUGCUUCAUCCGGUUCCGGUCCAUGGGUCUACACGGUGUCACCAUCCAUCCAUUUACAAUCUGCUCGCUUCCCCACUCGCCAAUCAACAAACCCUCCAACCCGUCGUCCACCGUUGACUUCUACAUCCGGCCCUCAGGUGGGUUCACCGGCCGCCUAGCGAAGCACGCAGGCGGCGGCAAGUCGGAGACGGUUAUGCUUUACGGGCCGUACGGGGGUGUUAACAUGCAGAGACUGCUCGAGUGCGACCGUCUCGUCGUGAUCGCCGGCGGUUCCGGCGCAGGCUGGACACUACCCUUUGUCGAGCUGCAGAUCAGACACGUCAAGCGUAUCCUCAAAGCAGAAGCGAGCUCGGAUGUUGCUCCCUCGCUAAAGCUCAUCGUCGCCACACGCGACCUCACGACGUGCAAGUGGUAUCUGGGAAAAGUCCAGGAGCUGCUCGACGCCUACGGCACUACACUCGCUGAGAUCAAGUCGACCGUGGAAAUGUACUUCACGGGAGCCGAACCGUUAGAGACCGACUCUUCUUCUCCAUCACCGCCACCAUCCACAAGCCAAUUCGUGUCCAAGAAGGUUGACGAAAAGGACACGGAGAUGGUGCAUCCAGAGACGGCAUCUGACUCCGUCGACCUCGAUGCUCUUGGAGAAACACACACGGGUCGACCGGACUUGAAAAGCAUGAUUUCAAAGGAAGGGUCUCGAGAAUGGAGUCAGAUUCUCGGCGUGUUUGUCUGUGGUCCACUUGAGAUGCAGAAUGAUGUCCGCAACGCCGUCGCAGACCAACAGCUGGACAUCAUCCGAGGAUCCGUAAAGGACGUCUAUUUACACACGGAACAUUUCGACUGGGCUUAG